GAACGAAAUUGACAGCACAGAGGCUCAGUCCGAAAGAAGACUGUAGGGCUGAGAGCCAACGGUCUGCAGUCUGAUACAGUGAGAGUACCCGAGGGGCUGUCGGAAACGGGUCAGAGAUCGGGGCUUUUCGCUUGUACCGUCAUGAGGUCGACGUGGUUCCUGCUACUGGUCUCUCUCACCCUUCUCAGCAGACCGGGGGUAGCGGACAAGCGCACGGCGGCAGAUGAACGGCUGGACAGAGCCGCCGACCCGCAGAAAGAGCAGUUUCAAAGAGCCGAGACUGCUCUGAUUCGCUCCUUGCUGAUGGAGAUGGAGCAAGAGGCGAUUGCUAACGACGCCGUCCCGCAGCCAGCCGAUGGAGUCCUCAUACGACAGCAAAUGGAAUUCGAGAAAAGACAGCACCCAGGAAAACGAGAGGAGGAGGAAGACAGUUACCUGGCGUUAGCGAAAAGACAGCACCCAGGAAAACGAGAGGGUGAGGAAGACGGUUACCUGGCGUUAGCGAAAAGACAGCACCCAGGAAAACGAGAGGGUGAGGAAGACAGUUACCUGGCGUUAGCGAAAAGACAGCACCCAGGAAAACGAGAGGAGGAGGAAGACAGUUACCUGGCGUUAGCGAAAAGACAGCACCCAGGAAAACGAGAGGGUGAGGAAGACAGUUACCUGGCGUUAGCGAAAAGACAGCACCCAGGAAAACGAGAGGAGGAGGAAGACAGUUACCUGGCGUUAGCGAAAAGACAGCACCCAGGAAAACGAGAGGGUGAGGAAGACAGUUACCUGGCGUUAGCGAAAAGACAGCACCCAGGAAAACGAGAAGAGGAGGAAGACAGUUACCUGGCGUUAGCGAAAAGACAGCACCCAGGAAAACGAGAGGAGGAGGAAGACAGUUACCUGGCGGUAGCGAAAAGACAGUUGCGAGGAAUGAGAGGCACGGAUGGGUGGUACUCCGAGGAGAAUUCGGCUCUAUUGAAGCGACAACACCCGGGCAAGAGGUCCCUGGUUUACGUCUAGGGCCACCAACCUGGCGGGAGGGUCCGGACGAGCGGCAGAGAAUUCUUCCUCUGAGAUCUACAGGACCCUGUAACUUGUAGUACAGCUAACUACUUGGUGACACGAGUAAUACUGAAAUGAAGAGACAACAGCCAGAGGAGAUUUGUUUCAGAUGGGGAAUCUGGAGGACGAGAUUGAGAUGUUUAAGUGUUGUAAAGUAAUUUUCUUUUUCAUUAAUAUGGA